AUGAACACCUGGAAGGACUCGCUGCUCAGCACGCUCUGGCAGGAUAUAGACGCCGCGGGAGUCGCCGAUGCAACCGUCGCUGCGGGCAGUGCGGCCCCUCUCCAGGAUAUAGAGAACAUAUGCGUCGUCGUCGCCGUCUGGUUCGUCGUGUGUCUCCUGGUGGUGCUCUCGCUCAGUUUCGGGGCGUGUCUGUACUUGUCCCUCACGGGGAUGCUCUGCAGAGAGGAAUCUACAGAUAUAGAGAAACAGUAG